CCAACGACCCCCAAUGACCCCAACGACCCCAAUCCCCGUCGCCCCGACGCCCCCCAGGAGCAGCUGCUGGCUCAGGACCUGACCCGCUUCCCGGCGCUGAAGCCGCGGCUGCUGGAGGCGCUGGAGGAGCUGCUGACGCGGGACAUCGCCGCGCUGAUGCCGCUGCUGCGCCGCGAGGAGGGGGAGGCGGCGCCCGGGGUGCAGGGAGGGGCGUUCGAGGGCGCCCGGCGGGGGCCGUUCGUGGAGGGGGCGGAGGAGGAGGAGGAGGAGGAGGGGGAGGGCGGCGAGGACGAGUGGGUGGUGACGAAGGACAAAGCCAAGUACGACGAGAUCUUCUACGGGCUGUGCCCGCUGGGGGGGAAGCUGAGCGGGCGGCAGGCGCGGGGCUGGAUGGUGGGCAGCAAACUGCCGCGCUCCGUGCUCGGCCGCAUCUGGCAGCUGAGCGACGUGGACCGGGACGGGAUGCUGGACGCCGAGGAGUUCGCGCUGGCCGGGCAUCUGAUCGGAGCCAAGCUGGAGGGCAGGGGGCUGCCCAGCGACCUCCCCCCCCGCCUCGUGCCGCCCUCCAAGCGGCGUCAGAAGGGCUCGGCGGAGUGAAGGGGAAUAAAAAGGGACGGAGAGCGGC